CACACACACACACCUCGUCAUAAACAAAAAAAUAAUCUAUACCAUCAAAGCAAACAUGAAAGGCACUUUCACUAACUUGCUUGUGCUUCUCUUCAUUGCACUUGUUUGUGCAAAUGUCGGUGCUAGGAAACUUAUUUCCGGAGAUACCCAAUUCAAGGAUGAAAAAUUCCUUGGCGGCGGUGGAGCCGGUGGUGGCCUUGGUGGGAUAGGGAUUGGAGCUGGUAUCAAUACUGGUAUCAAUGCUGGAAUUGGACUAGGUGGAGGCGGUGUGGGUGGUGGCGGACUUGGCGGUGGUGGUGGUGGACUCCUCGGUGGUGGUGGUGGACUCCUCGGUGGAGGCGGUUUAAACGGAGGAGCCGGUGGACUUGGUGGUGGUGGUGGCUUUCCUUGAACGUAUAGUCAAGUGUUUGUGUGCGGUGUGUGAGCUCAUUUACAGCUUAUUAUGCUACUCAAAUCAUUUCCGUUGUCAUAAUAAAUUUAGAGAGUGAUUACAUCACAUUUACAUUUUUAUUUCAACUUCAAUGUUUUAAUCGAGAAAGACCUUAGCUAAUAGCUACUACUUUUAGCGGUUAUGGUCGGACUCGUAGUAUGUGUAACGUCAAAUAUUAUUAUUAAUUAGUGAAACAUUUCCGAUUUAUUUA